AUGGAAGAAAAUGGAAUGAAAGCGAAGCUUGAAAUAGAGCUAAUCAAAGACGAAAAUCCAAUAGAACUAGAAACCAAAAAUAACAGUGCUGAUGAACUUAUUUCCUUAACUUUACCUACUCGAACACGUUCUAACAAAAGGAAGCAUAUCAGAACAGAUUUCGAUGAAAUAAAAGUAUCGUCCGAUGCAGCUGAGGCACAAAGACGAGAAAGAGAGCGGUUAGAACGUCUCUCUAAAAUAUAUGAAUCCGAAAUAGGUAAUUUGGUAGAAGGACAGUGCAAAGAAAAAUUGAAUGCCGGUGAACAUCCUUAUGUGAAAUUUGAACCAGUAUCCAAGUGUCUGAAAACGUCAUCUUUGCGUGAUGUGAAGCCUUCAACGUCUUUUAUGGACGGUGAUGUAAUAGAACUAAGUAGUGAUGAGGAUUCCGAUACCGACUGUCGUCCGCUUGGUGGACGUUAUCGGGGUCGAAGUUAUCGUGGCUUUCAUCCCUAUGUAAAUAAUGGGGUUCCAGGCAGAGAUCUAAUUCAACCACUGCCAUUACGCCGACGGUCACCGUUAUACAGGGUAUUACAUGAAGACGUAACCGAUGAACUGCAUCGUGUUGAACGUGAAAGACUGUGUAAAAAGCUGCUUACGGAGGAGGAACUUGAAAGUAAGAAAUUAAUGGGAGGUCGACUGCUUGUGAAUCCUGGAAAGGCAUCUAAUGAACCGGAUGUCUAUGUCCCUUUUCAUCUCAAUGAUGUGCUUCAGCCGCAUCAGCUAGGAGGCAUACGAUUCAUGUACGGCAAUAUCAUCGAAAGUGUGAAGGAUUAUGCGAAAUCACCUGGUUUUGGGUGUAUUUUAGCACAUGCAAUGGGAUUAGGAAAAACGAUUCAGAUAAUUGCAUUUACGGAUGUUUUUGUUCGCACGACCAGUGCAAAAAAGAUAUUGAUCAUUGUACCGGUAAAUACAAUACAGAAUUGGUAUUCUGAGUUCGAAAAAUGGUUGCCUAACAGAGUCACUGAAGCAGGAGAAAACAUACGUCCAUUUGUAGUUUGGCUUCUGGGUGAUGCAGUAAAAACAAAUGAACAACGCGCAGAAUUACUACAAAAUUGGCACAUAGAAGGAGGAGUUUUAUUAAUUGGUUAUGAUAUGUUUCGUUUACUGGUACAAAUAAAACCAAAAAAACGAGUUGCUGGAAGACCCAGCAAGAAAGCAGAAGAAAUAGUUGAUCUGGAAAAGGAAGAAUUGGAUGCAAUAGCACUAUGUGCCGCUCGAGAAGCUUUGUUGGAUCCUGGUCCUGAUUUGGUCGUGUGUGACGAAGGUCAUCGUAUCAAAAAUGAAAGAACAGGCAUAGCAGCAGCUUUAAGUGCUAUAAAGACAAGGCGUCGGAUUGUGCUGACGGGUUACCCCUUACAGAACAAUUUGAUGGAAUAUUAUUGUAUGGUGGAUUUUGUAAGACCUCAUUAUCUGGGUUCGAAGAAAGAAUUCAGCGUUAUGUUUGAAAAGCCAAUAAAGAAUGGGCUUUGUAUAGACUCUACGCCGUCAGAUCUCAAAAUUGCCCGUCAACGCACUCAUAUCCUUGUUGAAUUAUUGAAAGGAUUUGUACAGCGGCGAACACAUCAUUUGUUAAAAAAUAUCCUUCCGCCGAGUUACGAAUUUGUUGUACUGUUGCGUAAAAGUCCGAUACAGAGAAUGCUUUAUCGAGCAUUUUUGCAAUAUGCACAGAACGAAAUUAAUGUUAGCGGAACUGCAGUCUUUAAUCCACUUAAGGCAUUUGCCGUUUGUUCAAAGAUUUGGAAUCAUCCAGACAUCUUAUAUGAAGUUUUCCAAAAGAGAAAGAUUGAAUGUGAAAGUGAAAUCAGCGAAAGAAAUGCACAACUUGCAGCAACAGAAGCAGUCACGAAUGAUUUGACGGAUUCAACUUUGUCGCUUGCCUUAAUUGAUUCGUCAACGUUGCCUACUGUAUUAAGCGACCCGACAACAUUACAGUCUUCGCUAGAUAGCUUCAAUUAUGAUAGUAAAUCUUUUUUUGACGAGAAAUUCUCUGCUGAUGAUUUGGAUACAAUUUUGCAAGACGCCGGGAGUGUAUGUCUAGCAGCGGAAGAGACAUCUCAAAUAGCAUCAUUUUCUGCAAAUGACAAUACGACCACGAUUCAUCCUGCUGCGAAUGGGACUUCUUAUAAAAUGGGCGUUCGUUCGAAGCAUGCUACUAUCGCUAAUGCUUUACUUGAGGAACUUAAUCUUGAUAAGGGAAUUAAGUACGACUGGGCUACAUUUGCUCUUCACGAAUACAAACCUGGUAUUUUGGAGAAUGGUUAUAAAAUGGUAGUAUCAUUAACUAUAAUUGAGCAGGCCGUGAUGAGUGGUGAAAAAGUGUUACUCUUUAGUCAGAGUCUUCUUACUCUCAAUCAGAUUGAACGCUUUCUUGAAACAUCGAGCUGUAUAACUGUUGGUAACGAAAAGCUUCGCUGGAAAAAGAAUAUCAAUUACUACCGUUUUGAUGGAUCAACUACAGCCACAGAGAGAGAAAAAUUAAUAACUCGCUUCAAUCAAGAUCCUAAUGUUUUCCUCUUUCUUAUAUCAACUCGGGCUGGAUCACUUGGAAUAAAUCUCGUUUCUGCAAGUCGAGUUAUUAUCUUUGAUGCUUCUUGGAACCCAUGUCACGAUGCACAAGCCGUAUGUCGCAUAUAUAGAUAUGGUCAGAAAAGGCGUACAUACGUAUAUCGUUUGAUUACUGACAACAGUAUGGAGAGGGCUAUUUUCAGUCGUCAAGUUGGAAAGAGUGGAUUACAACAGAGAGUUGUGGAUGAUAAGCAGAUGGACAUUGACAUUACGAAGCGUGAAUUGGAACAACUUCUUGUCUACGACGAGGCACUUGAUGUGGCUACAGAAGAUUGGAACGUAACUACUUGGCAGAUUGAUGACGCUUUGCUUUGGAUGACAGCUUUAUCUCAUUCAAAAAUGUUUGCUCAAAUCCCAUUCCUGCACGAGAGCCUGAUGAUGGAGAGAGAAGAUCGCUUAAGCGAGGAAGAGAAGCUCGAAGCGAGAAUGCUUUAUGAAAGAGAAAAACAAAUCUACAAAAAUGGAGAUUUUGAUUAUGAUUGGACGCUACGUGGUGUUGGUCGUAACAAUGAAUUCGAGAGUCUACGAAUGCCAUUCCCAAGAAUGUGGUCUUCAACAUCGCAGCACGGUCCAAUGCCACUUCGAUCAACACCAAUGGCAAUGGUUCUUGAACGCACCGUAGUAAAUUCGCAUAAUCAGGACCCUAGUCAGGAAGCUACAGCGUCAUCAGAAGACCAUCCUAACGGACAUGCCAUACAGAUCAUCAGCGAGAUAGAAAUGGAGCUUCCAUGCUUAACUUCUCCCGGACGAAAGGGGAAGGUUGCACUACAUGAGAGAUGCUGGUUGGUCACUUUACCGAGUGGGGUUUUCAUCCGAUCAUUGCGUGGUGAUGUUUAUGAUGCCCGUGGUACAGCUUAUGACAAGCCGACAUACAAGGCGGGAAAGGAACAAAAUUCAUUUGCUCCCAGUGAGGUGAUCGAUUUGUGUGACUCUGAUGAUUGA